AUGGCGACACAGCCGAGUGACAACACUGAGUUUCCGCCCGAGAUAAUACUUAAACCUUUGGCUCUCAUAGGACUUUCUGGGUUGGAUAUUGUAAACAAUGCGGUGCAUAAAACUAUAUGGGAUGCGUUUUCCAAUAAUCGACGGCCAGACCGGGCAUCGGUACGUUUCAAGAUACUUAAUAACACCUUUGAAUUUCCAGUAGUGAAACCAAAAAGAAAUUCGUACGAAUGGUACAUACCGAAAGGAAUUCUCAAAAAGAACUGGAUUCAAAAACGUGUGAAUUUGAUUCCGGCUGUUGUGGUAAUUUUUUAUGAUAUGGAGUGGAAUGACCCUCAAUGGAAUGAAAAAAUAAUUGAAUGUGCUUCCAGAGUGCAAUCUAUCCGCGCUGCCGUUGAAGGACACACCACAAGAGUGGCCGUUGUUGUUGUGCAAAGUGGACUAUCUCCUCCCCCAUCUGAGUACAUGCUUGGGGCUGAGAGAGCUCAGGCACUUUGUGCUGCUUGUGAAAUACAGUCAAAGUCAUUAUUUGUUCUUCCACACAGUGACCAUCUUAUGGGCUAUAUAAUACGCCUUGAAAAUGCAUUCUAUGAUAUUGCACAAAAUUACUAUCAUCAUGAGACUAAAAACAUCAAGCAGCAUAGAGAUCAUCUCAAUAAAACCACUCACCAAUACUUAUUUGUUCGACAUCAAUUCAAGUUGGGUUAUUUAAAUGAGUUGAAACAAGAUCUCAGUACUGCACACAAGCAUUACAUGCAUUCUUACAAUAAUUUGCUUGAAACAAGGACUGUUGAUACAAACAUGCAUGAAAUUAGAACUGUAGCUGGUUACAUCAAUUAUAAACUAUGUAAACUUCUGUUUGCAUUGAACCUUCCUAGGGAUGCUAUUGCACAACUUAAAUCCCACAUUGAGCGGUAUAAGAACAGAGUUGGUCCAACAGAACUGCUCUUUGAACAUUAUGCUUGGAUUGCAAGGCAGUAUAGUGCUUUUGGGGAACUAUUUGAUGAAACCAUCCGUGCUGGGUUACCAGCUAUUCAAUCUCAACAUCCAGGCUUUUACUAUCAACAAGCUGCACAAUUUACAGUAAUGAGAAGACAAGCUAUGCGAUCAGUUUGUUGUGAUGCAUUGCAGUAUCCACCACCACCAGAUCCAUUGGAAGGUAUUGUUGAGUUUUAUGGACAAAGACCUUGGAGACCUGGUAGGCUCAGCGCUGAUCCCCAUGACCCACAGAAGGAACAAGCAGCUGUAUUGGCUCUACAGUAUAAUGAGAGGAUGUUUAACCAUUCGGCAAUGAUCAUCAGCUUCUUGGGUAAUGCUAUUUCACAAUUCAAAACAUUCCAUUCCCCCCGCAUGAGGAAGCAGCUUGUGGUAGAGAUGGCCAAUGAAUAUUAUUACUGUGCUGAUUAUGGUAAAGCAUUGACCCUUUUAACACACAUGUUGUGGGAUUACAGAAGAGAGAAGUGGUGGUUUUUGGCAUCUCAUGUUUUAAACAGAGCAUUGCAGUGUGCAUAUUUAUCAGCAAAAAUUCAGGAUUACAUCCAGCUCUCAGUGGAAGCACUAUCUAAACAUAUUCAAGUGCCAAAUAAUGAUAAAGACAGGAUAUUUAAAAACAUCAUGUCAGUUCUCAAUCUUAACAUUCCUUCUCCUGAGCCUGACUUGCCAGCUUCAUCGCAAAGUAAGGCCUUAGAAUUAUGGCAAAUGGCUGUAGAAAGAGAACCAUUUGCAAUUACAAUUGAUAUGGCCAACAUAUCUAGUUUCUUAGAAGUAAAAACUAAAUUUAGACAACAAAGAUACAGGACAGAUGAAAUAGUUGAAGUUGAAUUAUAUGUACGAUUGAAUUAUGUAACAUCCCUCGAAGUAAGGAAGUUGUCUGUAACAAUAUCAAGCAACACAGAAUCAAUUGAAAUACCUAUAAGUGACAAUGGAAAUUCUGUUAUAUCCUUAGUAGGUGGUAAAGUAAGAAAGUUCUUGUGUCAAUUUAAAACUAACCCACAAGAUAGUGGAUCUGACUUACACAUCAAAAAUGUAUCAUUUAUUCUUGAUUCAGACAGGAAAAGGAAAAUUGUGAUGAAUUUCAAAGUAGAAGAAAGUAAAGUUUUAGAAUCAGCAGUUCAUCCUGAAUUGCUACAUUUCAUAUUGAGUCCGAAAUCUGACUAUGAGUUCGAUUGUAUUGUGCCUUCAACUGUAGCUUCCAUUACUGCAAGGGAAUGUAGACUUUCACUAGAUAUAACAAAUGCAUGUCCAGCACUUCAAGGAGAAUGGUUUCCUACUUCAUUUACAAUAAGAAAUAAUGAAAACACUGAAGUUAAUAAUGUAGCAAUUACUCUGUCCCUUUUGAGCUCUCCUGAUAAUCCAAACCCAGAUUCAGUAACUGAAUUGAGUUGGAAGCCGGAACAGUCCCAAGGUCAACCUUUGAAAGUAUCAGCAGCUACAGUCAACAAAUCUGCUAGUUACUCCAACAUAUUCUAUUUAAAAUCCAAUAGAACAACCAGCAUUACUGUACAAAUAAAAGUGACAUACCUUAUUGAUCUGCCAGAAAUUCCAAAAUUGGAAUGUGUUAAGGACUUUACAACAAAAAUAACUGUAACUAAACCUUUUGAAGUAACAACUCAUUUUGUUGCCAUGAAUUUUAAACCAAUCACAAAAUGCUUUGUAGAUGAUCCCUUUAUUGUAAUGCCACAAAUAAAAAUCUUGAGUCCAUGGGAUCUACUGAUUGUAGACACUGAGUUAGAAGUUGCAAAUUGUUUCAACUAUGGUGAUAACAGCAAGCCCUCAUCUUGUAUUAGUAAUUUAGAAGUAGCAGAGAAGAAUGUAGCAUCAGAUGCCAUUUGUGUCAAAGCUAAGUACAAACCGAAAGACCUUCCUACUAGAGUAGGGCUUUACAAUAUUACAUGGAGGCGGAGCAAUAAUAUUGAAGGGCUUUGUGUAAGAAGCACUACUGCUUUAUCAGGAAUACCGGUCGAUGAUUGCCCUAUAGCAAUAGAAGUCAAUUACCCUGAAGUGGUGGAGCUUCAAACCUCUAUACCAUUGAAAUGCACUUUGUUUGGCAAGUCCGACACUCCUGUCAGACUUAGUCUCGCUGUGGAAGGAACCGAUGCUUAUAUGUUUUCUGGGUAUAAAAAGUUAACAGUUACAGUGCCACCCCAUGAUAAAGUUGAAUUAAUUUAUAACAUUCAUCCCCUUGUUGCUGGCAACACUACACCACCAAGAUUAAAAGCAACUGUACUAGGUGAAAGUGCAAAACAAGAAGUAGUCACAGAGAUGUUUGAGAAAAUAUUCCCCCAGAAUAUAUUUGUUAUGCCUAAGUACAAUAAAUAA